AUGGCUAUAGAGGUCGAGGACACGGCAUCAGAUCCCUCCACCGAGUUCAGCGAGGCAUCUGAUGUGGAGUGCAGCGACUCUCAAAGCGAUGACGAGCCCCCGGCCUUUUACAAUGAGGACACGGUUCUCAUUUUCGAUUGGGACGACACGAUGUUGCCCUCCAGCUGGCUCAGCGAGCAGAAGCUGAGCCUCGACGCCCAGUCCAAGGCCACUCCUGAGCAGGAGGCUCAGUUGGAGACCUUGGCCGAGCACGCGGCUGAGACCCUGACGUUGGCCAAGCGUUUCGGCAAGGCGAGGAACGAAUGA